CCCUCCCUUCCCUUCCCCACCCCCUCAUGGCUGCAUCAGAAGAAGGAACUGGCUGUUUUCUCCCCAGAGGCAGGUCACAAAGCGACCCCAGCAUCCUCGGGGACACCGCCGGGACUGACGCCGAGGAGCAGCAAGAGGAGAUGGAUCCAUCCCCUGCAGUGCGUUCCGAAUAUCUGGUCUCAGGGAUUCGAACUCCUCCUGUCCGAAGGAACAGCAAGCUAGCCACGUUGGGCAGGAUCUUCAAGCCAUGGAAAUGGAGGAAAAAGAAAAACGAGAAACUAAAACAGACGUCAGCAGUGUUAGAGAAGAAGACAACCACAAGGCAAGGUCGGGACGAACUUAUUAAGAAAGGCCUGCUGGAAAUUAUGGAACAAGAUUCUGAAAGCAAAGCAGCAACUGGUGCCACCAGAGCAAUGCUGAGUGACCCUUCAUCCCCCACAUGCCAGGCACUUACCUCAGAAGAGACGCGGCAGGAACAUAUAUCAGCCACAACCAAUGCCACCUCACUUGGCGAGGAGCUGCAUUCAGAAGAGCUGAGAGAAGAUUCAGCCAAGAAGACGCCAGCUUCCUCAGAUGAACGUGAAAAUGCCAGCCUGCCAGCCUCUGAAGAGAAUCCACAAGCCUUACUUCUUUCGGAAUCUACGGAAUCGCCCCAAAAGCAGAUGGAAAGGAAUUCAGCGCAGCUCCCCAGCCCUCCUCCAUCACUUCCAGUUCCGCCACCUAAGACUGUCUCCAAAGUCUCGAAGAUUGUACCAGGACAAGCUGCUCCCUUCCAGCCCUCAGGCCAGAAAAUCUCCGAGCCCCACCUCAGAGGGCAGCACACGCCAAAUGGCUCCCCUCACCUUGGUGCCGUCCACCUGCCUUUACCUCCCAGCCGAGUCAUCGAGGAACUUCACAGAGCUUUGGCCACCAAACACCGGCAGAAUAGCUUUCAGGGAAGAGAAAACAAAGGUUCUCCCAAGAAGCGAAUGGACAUCCGCCCAUCCAGAACGUGCAGCGUUGAUCACAGCAAAGAGAAGGAAAGUUCGGUGAGCUACAACAGCGACCCGGAGAACAAGCGGAAUUCCAUCAAGGAGUCAGAUGAGAACAAAGAGAACCUGAUCAUGAACUCUGAAAUCAAGGAUGACUCUGUUUUCUAUCAGGAUGAAGAGGUUUUGAAUGACUCCAUCAUUUCUGGUACUUUGCCAAGAAAAUGCAAGAAAGAGUUGCUGGCAGUGAAGUUGCGGAACAGGCCAAGCAAACAGGAGCUGGAAGAUAGGAACAUUUUCCCCAGGAGGACCGACGAAGAGAGACAGGAGAUCCGGCAGCAAAUUGAAAUGAAACUUUCCAAGCGACUGAGCCAAAGACCUGCUGUUGAGGAACUAGAAAGAAGAAAUAUUUUGAAACAAAGGAAUGACCAAACGGAACAGGAAGAAAGGAGAGAGAUCAAGCAGAGGCUGACGAGAAAGCUUAAUCAAAGACCGACAGUUGACGAAUUAAGAGACAGAAAAAUCCUAAUUCGAUUCAGUGAUUAUGUGGAAGUGGCAAAAGCACAGGAUUAUGACAGACGAGCAGACAAGCCAUGGACAAGGCUCUCAGCAGCUGAUAAGGCAGCCAUUCGAAAAGAGCUAAACGAGUACAAAAGUAACGAAAUGGAGGUGCAUGCAUCAAGCAAGCAUUUGACAAGAUUCCACAGGCCAUAGAGGUUUUCUUCUGAGAAGAAUUUGUCUACUUUUUUGAUACCACUACUGAACAUGCAUCAGGGAAAGGAUGAAGGUCUUUCCUUGAGGUUCAGUCUAUGACAAGCUGAUGUUUCGCGUUCAAGAAGGGACUCUGCAGAGUCGGUCUCUGCAGCACACACUUAAAAGGGAGCAGCUAGCAGAGGAUGGACUUCGCCUCGGAGCUACAACAACACCUGCUGGGUGGGAGGAUUAGCUGGAAAUGACUGAAGUCGAGCUCAUCAAAAAGGAACCCAUUGCUCUCCUUUGUUACUUGUUAUUAAACUGUAUUGCAGCAUAUCUUGGGAAAGGAGAUGUUGUGCAUGUACAGGCUUUUUUACCAUUCCAAGGCCUCUGACAUAAAGGACAUGGUGCACAUCAUCAUUCAGUAUUAUCAUGGUGACAAGACAUCUGGAACUUAUCACAAUUAGUUUGUAUAAAACACUUAAUUUCAUGUUAUACAAAUUGAUUUACUAUAUUAUGGUUUCUUUCCUUUUUUUAUAUAUGUCUAACAAAACACAGCUGCGGCGUUUUUUUGGGGGGGGGGCUCCUGUUAUUCUUAUUUUCUUUAAUUAAAUGAUUACUUACUGCAGAAAACA